AUGCAACAACCAAUUUCGAUUCAACAACCAGUAGUUAAUAAUAUAAAUAAUAGUCCAAAUAAUCAAGCAAAUAUAAAUAACAAUACAACUAAUAAUACCAAUAAUAAUAAUAAUAAUAAUAAUACUACUAAUAAUAUUGCUAACAACAAUAAUUCCAAUAACAUCAAUAAUAAUAAUGAAAUUAAUAAUAGUAAUAUAAAUAAUAAUAUAAAUAAUGGUAUAAAUAAUGAUAUAGAUAGAGGUGGUGAAAAGAAAGCAAAUAAAUUAAUUGCAAAAACAACAAAGAAAUUUAAUAAAGAUAUGACAGCAUAUACAAGUGGUAAAUUUUUUGAACUUUGGAGAAAUCAAGUUGUACGUGAUAAAAUAUUAGGUUAUGUUAGAAUUCAUAAUUUACAUUAUGAUAAGAGAGUUUUUAAAUGUAUAGAUUUAAAUAAUUGUAUUGAUAACGGUGCAGAUUUACAACAACAACAUAAUUGUCAUAGAGUUCAUAAUCAUUAUCAUCAAGAUCUUGGUCAUAAUUAUUUUGGUAAAGUUUCUCGUGGUAUCGUCUCAUUAUCAGAUUAUAAAUAUUAUGGUUAUUUAAGAUCUGUUCAUUUAAUUGGUUAUGAACAACAUGAGGAGGAGUUAAUUAAGACAAUAAAGUCAUUGCCGGUGGGUGUGAGCACAUUGGAGUUGUCAGGACACUUGAAUAAAAUUAUAUUUAAGGAAGGCUCUCUCCCAACUUCCAUUACAAAUCUUACAAUUUCAUCUCCAACUAAAUUGGGGUACAAAUCAAUUCCAUCACAUUUGAAAACUUUGAAAUUGAAUUCCACAUUCAACGACCCGUUAUUAGUGCAGGGUAGAUUGGAGGGCCAGUUGGGUAUAGUGCCCUUGCUGCCAAUAGACGGGGCAAUUACCUCAUUGGACACUGGUGGUAAAUUCAAUCAACCAUUCGAAGCGGGAUUACUACCAUCGUCAUUGACAGAGUUGGCUUUUGGAAAUGAGUAUUUCCGUCCGAUUGAGGUGGGUUCAUUACCAAGUGGCAUAAAAUCCUUGAAAUUAGGCCAAAGAUUUUGUUUGCCCAUACCAAUAGGCUCGUUACCAAUCGGGUUGACAGAGUUACAAUUGGGGGGUACUCAACAAAAUCCAAUUCUAACUAUUGGUUGUUUACCCCCAACAUUGACUAAAUUAACAUUGGAUAAUCAUUUCAAUCAACCAUUGGUGAUAGGUGUGAUUCCUUCCUCCUUGAAAACUAUGAUAUUCGGUCCAAGAUAUAAUCAACCAUUACCACCAAGUGUUUUCCCAGACUCUUUGACUCAUUUAGAAUUUCAUCAAAAUAGUUCAUACAUUUUCCCAUUGAAAUUGGGUUACAACAUUCCAUCCAAUGUAAGUACACUAUUGCUCUCAUUUAGAUCCCAAGAAAGGAAUGUAACUUUGGGUACAAAUUCAAAUAUUAAAAAGUUGCGAUGUGGUGGUGAUUAUCUACCAAGUCUAUCAUCUGAUGAUUCCACCAUUGGUGCAAUUUUAAAUUCAUUCUCAUCUUCAAGUAGUCGUGAAACAUUCCCACGUUCUGUUGAAUCGUUACAUUUAAACAUUGUAAAUGUAUUGGAUAAAGAAAUUAACAUUCCAUCCAAUGUUACUAAAUUAAUUAUCACUGGUAAUAAUUUACAACAUGAUGGUCCUGACGUUUUCAUGGUUGGUAAAAAGGGCUCAAAAAUCACUCAUUUAAAACUUAGAGGUUAUGAAAAACCUAUUUGUCAAGAAAUGUUUAAGAAUUUAGUUAACCUAAAAUCAAUUCAAUUCAUUGGUGCCUACAAUCAUCAAUUAGGACCAAACUGUUUCCCACCACAAUCAAUUACAAAUCUCGAAUUUGAUUGUUUACCAUCGGUCAUCCCAAUUGGUUCCUUACCAUCAACUUUAAAAUCAUUAAGAGUUAAAUCAUUUUGUACUCCAUUCUUAAAAAAUUCAUUACCAUCUUCACUCUUAAUUUUAGAAUGUGCUUUUGUUCGUUCUUUCAUUGACUCUUAUGAAAUUGUUGAUGAGAUAUUUGUUGAACAACAAGCUCAAUACGCUCAACAACAAUUAUUACAAAAUGAACAAGCAUUACAAGCUCAAAAACAAUUAGAAAUACAACAACAAGUUGCUCAACAAAGAUUACAACAAUUAAAACAACAAAAACAACAACAACAACAACAACAAGAUAAUGAACAACAAUUAGAUCAUUCAAUUGAAAAUAAUGAUGGUAGUAUACAAGAUGACCAUGAACAUGAACUUGAGGAAGAACAAGAAAAUGAAGAAGAAGAAGAAGAUACAAAUAAUCACCAACAUCCAUUUUUACAAGAAGCAAUUAAUCAUAAUCAACAACUACAACAAAAACAACAGGAAAAAUAUUUAUAUAGUAGUAAUAAUAGUAAUAAUUAUAAUUAUAAUAAUAAUAGUAAUAAUAAUAAUAAUAAUAAUUCAAAUGAAGAAGAUGAUGAAGAAGAGGAUUUAAUUCAACCAAUAAUUUCAAAAGAAUGGUUACCACCAUCAAUUCAUACAUUAAUAAUUCGUGGUGAACCAACUAUUCAAUUACCACUUCCUGAAUCUUUAACAAAUAUUCAUAUUGAAAGUAAAAAUCAAAGUAUUUUACAUAAUAUUCCUUUAAUGGAGAAAAUUUCAAAAUUGGUUAGAGUUUUUGAUUAUGAAAGUGAUACAAACUCAAUCUUUAAAAAAUCAUUAGCAAUUUGUAAUAAUAUAAAUCAAAAUCAAAAUCAAAAUAAUAAUAAUUAUAAUAAUAACAAUAAUAAUAAUAACAACAACAAUAAUAAUAAAAAGAAAAAUGUCAAGAAAUAA